AUGUGGCGUCGACGAACUACAGUGACUGGCUUGGUUUGCAUUGUCUGGACCUUUUUCAGCUUCAUGCAUGGCUAUCAAUUGACGUUUUCCAAAGCUUGGAGUCAACUGCCUGCCGAAUCACCUGUGGUUUUGCCCUGGGACAGAGGCUGCUGGAAACAUGUUGUUGGUGGCAAGAAGUUUUCUAGCAUACAGCCUGUAAUUUUGAAGCGUCCCAUGCCUCCUCCUAUUUUGUACAACAGCUCAUCUGGAGAACAGCAGCACCAUGACAAGCGGCACAGAGCUCAGUCCUCAGAUGCAACGUCAUGGCAUCAAAUUGUCAGAUCCAGUUGUGAUGACAGUUGGACGGAGAUGAGGGACUCGAAGUUUCAGAUUGCACUUAGAAGAUGGCUAGAUGUUCUCUUGCAGCUUCCUCCAGAGUGCGGCAUUGUCAUUCAGUUGAAACAGGUUGGAGACAUUUCACAUCAGUUGAGGAUGUUACGUGAUAUUUUUGCGAAGAAGGCACCACAGACAUUGCUCAAACGAUGCCAUUCUUUUUUGAGAUUCAUGUGCCACCUGAAGGACGUUGGAGAGACUUUCCCAGGAACCGAGCCUGGAUUCUACAGCUUCCUCUGUGGACUUCGUGAUUCAGGUGCGACUACAUCCAAUUUGCAGAGUGUUGUGCAGGCUUUAAAUUUUGCUCAACAUGUGGUAGGGCUUCCUGAACUUGCAGUUGUCACGACAUCAAGACGGUGCAUUGGAGCAGUAGGCAUGAGGAAUGUUGGACCAAAGAGGCAGGCCCAUCCUUUUACAGUCAGUGAGCUGCUCGUGCUUCACUCAGUUUUGCUGGACCAGUGUGAAGACUCAUGGAACCGUGUUUUUGCUGGCACAGAGUCCACAGCGUUCCGAAAUACCUUCUUGACAGCUGUUGCCCCAAAUUUGGGAAUCACUGCAGAUCCUUGGAUUCAGGCAUGGCUGGAUGUCAGGCUGAAGCUUGGGAUCGACUUCACGCUGGGCCUACCGACGCUGCCGGCUCCCAACUCAGAUGGGCUACCGACAAAAAGGCCCUUGAGUACAGACGAGAUGAAGCAGUGGUUGCGUUUGAUUCUCAGCUCAAAAGGGGUGAACCUUGAUGGGAGACGAUUGACAUCGCACAGUUGCAAGUGCACAUUAUUGAGCUGGUUGGCAAAACAUGGUGAUGAAUGGGCCGAUCGAAUGGCCUUAGGUGGACAUGUCUCUUUCAUGAAGUCAGCGAUUGUUUACAGUCGCGAUGCAAUGGCGAGACCCAUCAGGGUUCUGGAAAAGCUGCUUCUAGAUGUCAGGUUGGGCCGUUUUUGCCCUGAUGAAUCCAGGAGUGGCCGCUUCAAGGACGUCUCGACUGGACAUGCUGACAUUGGCAGUGACUUUGCAGAUGUUGGUUUUGGUGACAACAGUUUGGACCUGGUUGGACCGGUGCAACCGAACAAGUUGGACGAUGACAUCAUAGUCAUUGACAGUGAUGAAGCCGAGACAAACGAUGUCAAACAUGAGACCGCUGGUGGUAGCAGUUCAGACUCAGAUGUCCUCACAACUUCGCCCAGCGAAGAUGAAGCAGGGGCCCGUUGUUCUGGUGCCUCGAGGGUGAUGCGGCUGCCAACGGUUCCAGACUCCUUGAAGCUCAUUCAACACACCAAGUAUAAGACUCUGCAUUUGAUGGAGAAACAAAACGAAAAGAUCAUGCUUUGUGGCCGUGCAAUUGUGCAGGGGCGAUAUGAUGUUGCGAGCGAGGGCAUGGCUCUGGUGGACUCAGUAGCAUCGUUUGAGAAGAGAUGCAACGAGUUACGGGAUGGUCUUCAUGGUGUUUUUGGUGAUGCUGGCAUUACAACGUUUUCUACAUUGGCCUUUGCUGUGGGAACUCCUCAGAGUGCACCAGCUGACGAUGACAUGCAGAGGUUCACAGACCGCUUGAUGGGCGGCCCGGCCACUUUGGCCGACCUUGCUGUGGUCAAGCGCAUUCACUUUGAAGCAGUGACAUUGGUGAUGGUCGAUUUGCAACAACAUUCCUCUGCCCAGGACCUGUCAGAACCUGGGCGCAGUUUGCCAUUUGUCGAGAAGCAAAGACGUCUGGCUGUGCAGCAGGCCAAGAUCACAGGCAUCAGCCAUCGCCAUGAGCAACAGGCGUCACAUGCGCUGAUCGAUGCCUGUUUCCAGAUGGUGGAAAGUGGAUCCCUGGUGUACCUUGCACCAUCGAAGUGUGGGACCAGAGAUCAAGAGAUACAACAAGAUACAAAAACAAAACAGAAGCAGUUGGUGACGAUCGAACAGGGGGCCUUGAAGGCCAUCGCCAGCCAGAGUUUGGCUACCAUAGACGUGGGCACCGAAUUGCGAUUGAUGUACGCCCUGCAAAGGCGUGGGUUAGCAAUGGAUCUGGUGGGUCUCAUCUCUUGGGACACGCACACCGAUUGGAGCAACAAGCCCUUUCGGGCCCUCAUGGCAGACACAGUGCCAAACUUCAACCCCAUCACGAUUGACCAGCUGCUCCGUGCAGACCAAGAAAUGUUCCUCCUCCUUGCAGCAGAGUACACGGGUCCAUUAAAGGCUCCAUCAGCUGACCAAGAUCCUCCACUUGACCAGGAGGUACGCCGCCUGAUGAAUGACCCUAGGGUCAAUGUGCACCUCACUCCAAUUCAGAGGAUUGAGAAAAGAGCGGCACCAGCUACAACGCCGGUACAAGGAUCUCCAAACAGGAACAACUUCAACAAGAAGCAAAAGACGGAUGCCCCAAAGGACGCCACGAUGCAUGGCAAUUUGGACUCCAAGCCGAAACCUCACGGCAAAGAGCUUGCUGGUGGAGAAAUUUUGCAUUUUGGAAUACCAAGGGAACCUGAAGAUUUCAUUCGAGAAGCAGUUGCAAAAGGGCAUCCGAGGGAUGUGGUCGCCAGAGUGCCGACUACAGUUCGAGCGUUGCUAAGAGACUUGGUGCAUGGCAGGUCAGUAGAAGAGGCUCCAGCAGAUCAGACAACAGACCAUGUAUGGGCGGAAACUUGGGCUGAAGUUGAAAAGGGAUGGUUGAAACCGGCAUCUUCCUCCAAGAACUGCUCA